GCCAGUGGGACGAGCGCUCCGUCGAUCUGGCGCAGCUGUGCGCACCUCAGCCCACUACAGCCAGCCCACGCGAAGUGGCGCGCCAGACAGCGCAGCCGCAGCAGAACAGGCGCAGGCAGAUCGACGCAGUAGCAACCAUGGCCGACGAAAAACCCAAGGAGGGAGUGAAGACGGAGAACAAUGAGCACAUCAACCUGAAAGUGGCAGGGCAGGAUGGCUCCGUUGUGCAGUUCAAGAUUAAAAGGCACACUCCUCUCAGCAAACUGAUGAAAGCUUAUUGUGAACGGCAGGGGCUGUCAAUGAGGCAAAUACGAUUUCGAUUUGACGGUCAGCCCAUCAAUGAAACGGACACACCCUCGCAGCUAGAAAUGGAGGACGAAGAUACAAUUGAUGUGUUCCAACAGCAAACUGGAGGCUCUUCUCUUUAAAGACUGUUUCCUAUGAACAUCCCUACCUCCCCUUUUCAGCCCCUGACAUCUUUGUUCUGCCUCGUCUUCAAACCCUCAUGACCAGUGUUGAUACCAUUCAGUGGAAUACUUUUACAAAAUGUUCAAAGGCAGCGGCACAGUUGAUGUAGAUAGAUCACACUGUCAUUCGUAUGUUAACAUGUUUUAACUGCACAGUGGAGACGACCUGUAACCUCCAGUGAGUCUAAUGUGCUGAAGAAAUUAAAAGCUUGCCAUGAUACUUUUUUGUCAUUUCUUUUCUGGAGUUAAUAGAGAACCUACUGGUCCGGUUUUAUUUUAUACAUGUCAUUGAGGUUUUGAUUUAGAUGGCAUCAUGUUAUUGUUUGUCAAUUAAGCCUGCAUUUUAAAUUCACAUCAGUUGUUAUGAAAAUGUAUUAUUGGAAUAAAUUGAGUCUUUUUUUAAAAA